CUGAAAUCAGAUGGGUAGAGUCUUUGGAUCCAAGAUCCAGAGAAAAUUAUUUGCUUGAUUUCUGGCGUGCAGGCUGAAUUUGCAAGACUGGUUUGGAGGAUACUUGCUCAGGUUAAAACAACAGCUAUUCUAGCCCCUGAGGCAUUGUUAUUUUCCUGAAACCAUAAUCUCAAUCCAGUUACUGGAAGCAUUCUACAUGAUCAAGCCAUGUUUUUUGAGAAACUUAUUUGUGAAUAAAUAAACUUAAAAUUUAAGUAGGAACCUGCAAGUGACCUAACAUCAUGGUGGCCCUAUCUCUGAAGAUCUGUGUCCGCCAGUGCAAUGUGGUGAAGACGAUGCAGUUUGAACCAUCCACAGCGGUGUAUGAUGCAUGUAGAGUUAUCCGUGAACGAGUACCUGAGGCUCAAACAGGGCAAGCCUCUGACUAUGGACUCUUCUUAUCAGAUGAAGAUCCUCGCAAAGGUAUAUGGUUGGAAGCUGGAAGAACACUGGAUUAUUACAUGCUGCGAAAUGGGGAUAUUUUGGAAUACAAGAAAAAGCAGAGACCUCAGAAAAUACGGAUGCUGGAUGGGUCAGUGAAAACUGUUAUGGUGGAUGAUUCUAAAACUGUUGGUGAAUUACUUGUCACCAUUUGCAGCAGGAUAGGAAUAACAAAUUAUGAAGAGUACUCCCUAAUCCAGGAGAGCAUGGAAGAGAAAAAGGAGGAGGGAACAGGAACACUUAAGAAAGACAGGACAUUGUUACGAGAUGAGAGAAAAAUGGAGAAGUUGAAGGCAAAGCUCCAUACAGAUGAUGAUUUAAACUGGCUAGAUCACAGUCGAACAUUCAGAGAACAAGGAGUUGAUGAAAAUGAAACACUGCUGCUGAGGCGGAAGUUCUUUUAUUCAGACCAGAAUGUAGACUCAAGAGAUCCUGUUCAGCUGAACUUGCUUUAUGUUCAGGCUCGAGAUGACAUCCUGAAUGGCUCCCAUCCGGUCUCCUUCGAGAAGGCUUGUGAGUUUGGAGGCUUUCAAGCACAGAUUCAGUUUGGACCUCAUGUGGAGCACAAACACAAGCCUGGAUUCUUGGACCUAAAAGAAUUCCUGCCUAAAGAAUACAUCAAACAAAGAGGAUCUGAAAAGAGAAUAUUUCAGGAACACAAGAACUGUGGAGAAAUGACAGAAAUAGAAGCCAAGGUGAAGUAUGUGAAGCUUGCACGGUCCCUAAGGACAUAUGGAGUGUCCUUUUUUCUUGUUAAGGAAAAAAUGAAAGGCAAAAACAAGUUGGUUCCUCGCUUGCUGGGUGUUACCAAAGACUCAGUGAUGCGCGUGGAUGAGAAGACUAAGGAAGUGUUGCAGGAAUGGCCACUGACAACUGUAAAACGCUGGGCUGCUUCUCCCAAAAGCUUUACUCUGGAUUUUGGGGAGUAUCAAGAAAGUUACUACUCUGUGCAGACCACUGAAGGAGAGCAGAUCUCUCAGCUAAUUGCAGGUUACAUUGACAUCAUUCUGAAGAAGAAGCAAAGUAAGGAUAGAUUUGGGCUUGAAGGAGAUGAGGAAUCAACAAUGUUGGAAGAAUCUGUUUCACCUAAAAAAUCCACCAUUCUGCAGCAACAGUUCAACCGGACAGGGAAGGUUGAGCAUGGCUCAGUAGCAUUGCCUGCUGUUAUGCGUUCAGGCUCUAGCGGCCCAGAAACUUUCAACAUUGGCAGUAUGCCUUCGGCCCAGCAGCAGGUCAUGAUUGGACAAAUGCACAGAGGGCACAUGCCUCCACUGACCUCAGCACAGCAGGCCUUGAUGGGGACUAUAAAUACUAGUAUGCACGCCGUUCAGCAGGCACAGGCUGACCUCAAUGAAGUUGAUAACCUACCACCUCUAGGACAAGACAUGGCAUCGAGGGUAUGGGUUCAGAACAAAGUUGAUGAAUCGAAACAUGAAAUACACUCUCAGGUUGAUGCCAUCACUGCAGGAACUGCUUCUGUUGUUAAUCUCACAGCAGGUGACCCAGUUGACACUGAUUACACAGCUGUGGGGUGUGCAAUUACAACUAUCUCUUCCAACCUAACGGAGAUGUCCAAAGGUGUGAAACUGCUUGCUGCCCUUAUGGAUGAUGAAGUUGGAAGUGGGGAGGACCUCUUGAAAGCUGCUCGAACUCUGGCUGGUGCUGUCUCAGACCUGCUGAAAGCUGUGCAGCCCACUUCAGGAGAACCUCGCCAGACAGUUUUGACAGCAGCUGGAAGCAUCGGGCAAGCCAGUGGGGAGCUCCUGAGACAGAUUGGAGAGAGUGAAACUGAUGAAAGAUUCCAGGAUGUACUGAUGAGUCUUGCCAAAGCUGUUGCAAAUGCUGCUGCCAUGUUGGUACUGAAGGCUAAGAAUGUGGCUCAAGUUGCCGAGGAUACAGUCCUGCAGAACAGAGUUAUUGCUGCUGCCACACAAUGUGCACUCUCCACUUCUCAGCUUGUGGCUUGUGCCAAGGUUGUGAGUCCCACCAUCAGCUCCCCUGUGUGCCAGGAACAGCUGAUUGAGGCUGGGAAACUGGUGGAUCGUUCAGUGGAGAAUUGUGUCAGAGCCUGUCAGGCUGCCACAGAUGAUACUGAGUUGCUGAAGCAGGUCAGCGCAGCAGCCAGUGUAGUCAGCCAGGCUCUGAAUGACCUCUUGCAGCAUGUCCGCCAGUUUGCCAGCAGGGGAGAACCCAUUGGACGCUAUGACCAAGCAACAGAUACCAUCAUGUGUGUGACUGAAAGUAUCUUCAGUUCAAUGGGAGAUGCUGGGGAAAUGGUGCGACAGGCCAGGGUCCUCGCUCAAGCUACUUCUGAUCUUGUCAAUGCCAUGAGGUCAGACGCUGAAGCUGAGAUUGACAUGGACAACUCCAAGAAACUUCUAGCUGCAGCUAAACUUUUGGCAGAUUCUACAGCCCGCAUGGUGGAAGCUGCAAAGGGAGCUGCAGCAAAUCCUGAAAAUGAAGAUCAACAGCAGAGACUGAGAGAAGCAGCAGAGGGGCUGCGAGUUGCAACAAAUGCAGCUGCCCAGAAUGCCAUCAAGAAGAAAAUUGUCAACAGACUGGAGAUUGCAGCAAAACAAGCUGCUGCUGCCGCUACUCAAACAAUUGCAGCUUCUCAGAAUGCAGCUGUUUCCAACAAGAAUACAGCAGCACACCAGCAACUUGUCCAGAGCUGCAAGAACGUUGCUGACCACAUUCCUCAGUUGGUACAGGGAGUGAGGGGGAGUCAAGCACAGGCAGAAGAUCUCAGUGCUCAGCUUGCUCUGAUAAAUUCCAGCCAGAACUUCCUUCAGCCAGGAAGUAAGAUGGUGGCAUCAGCCAAAGCUGCAGUACCCACAGUGACUGACCAAGCUGCAGCAAUGCAGCUAAGUCAGUGUGCCAAGAACCUUGCAACCAGCUUAGCUGAGUUGAGAACUGCCUCCCAAAAGGCUCACGAAGCAUGUGGUCCAAUGGAAAUUGAUUCUGCUUUGAAUACAGUCCAGACACUCAAAAGUGAACUGCAAGAUGCAAAGAUGGCAGCUGUUGAUGGACAGUUAAAACCACUCCCAGGAGAAACGCUUGAAAAAUGUGCUCAAGACCUAGGAAGCACGUCCAAAGCUGUUGGUUCAUCAAUGGCCCAGCUGUUGACUUGUGCUGCUCAAGGCAAUGAGCACUACACAGGGGUCGCUGCCAGAGAGACAGCUCAAGCUCUGAAGACUUUGGCUCAGGCAGCACGAGGGGUUGCGGCAUCUACUACUGACCCUGUGGCAGCACAUGCUAUGUUAGAUUCAGCAAGGGAUGUCAUGGAAGGCUCUGCUAUGCUUAUUCAGGAAGCAAAGAAGGCUCUGGCAGCACCUGGGGAUGCAGAGAGUCAGCAAAGAUUAGCCCAGGUGGCCAAAGCAGUUUCUCAUUCAUUGAAUAACUGUGUGAAUUGUCUACCUGGACAAAAGGAUGUGGAUGUGGCCUUGAAGAGUAUUGGAGAAUCUAGCAAAAAGCUACUUGUUGAUUCGCUGCCUCCAAGUUCUAAAUCUUUCCAAGAAGCACAAAGUGAACUGAACCAGGCUGCAGCAGAUCUGAACCAGUCAGCAGGAGAAGUAGUUCAUGCUACACGGGGUCAAAGUGGAGAGUUGGCAGCAGCCUCUGGAAAGUUCAGUGAUGAUUUUGAUGAGUUCCUUGAUGCUGGCAUUGAAAUGGCUGGUCAAGCACAAACUAAAGAGGACCAGAUUCAAGUAAUAGGGAACCUCAAGAACAUCUCUAUGGCUUCCAGCAAGCUUUUGUUGGCUGCCAAGUCUCUCUCUGUUGAUCCUGGAGCUCCUAAUGCCAAGAACCUCUUAGCAGCAGCUGCCAGAGCAGUGACCGAGAGUAUUAAUCAGCUCAUCACUCUGUGCACCCAGCAGGCUCCUGGACAGAAGGAAUGUGACAAUGCUCUCAGGGAACUAGAGACAGUUAAGGGAAUGCUGGAUAAUCCCAAUGAGCCUGUAAGCGACCUCUCGUAUUUUGAUUGCAUUGAGGGUGUAAUGGAAAACUCCAAGGUUCUCGGAGAGUCAAUGGCAGGCAUUUCUCAGAAUGCCAAAACUGGGGACCUGCUAGUUUUUGGAGAAUGUGUUGGAGUUGCUUCCAAGGCUCUUUGUGGUCUCACAGAGGCUGCAGCCCAGGCUGCCUAUCUAGUGGGCAUCUCAGAUCCCAACAGUCAGGCUGGGCAGCAGGGACUUGUUGAUCCUAUUCAGUUUGCCAGGGCCAACCAGGCAAUCCAGAUGGCAUGUCAGAAUCUGGUGGAUCCAGCAAGCAGCCCAUCACAGGUUUUGUCAGCUGCUACAAUAGUGGCCAAACAUACAUCUGCUUUGUGUAAUGCUUGCCGUAUUGCUUCAUCAAAGACUGCCAACCCUGUUGCCAAGAGACAUUUCGUGCAAUCUGCCAAGGAAGUUGCAAAUAGCACUGCUAACCUGGUCAAAACUAUCAAGGCUCUGGAUGGUGAUUUCUCCGAAGAUAACCGAAACAAGUGUAGAAUUGCAACUGCUCCUUUGAUUGAAGCUGUGGAAAAUCUGACAGCAUUUGCUUCAAAUCCAGAAUUUGUCAGCAUACCGGCCCAGAUCAGUGCUGAGGGAUCUCGAGCACAGGAGCCAAUUUUGAUUUCUGCAAAGACAAUGUUGGAGAGUUCAUCUUCACUGAUCAAAACUGCCCGUUCAUUGGCCAUCAAUCCAAAAGACCCACCUACUUGGUCUGUACUAGCUGGGCAUUCGCACACAGUUUCAGAUUCUAUUAAGAGUCUUAUCACCUCUAUUAGGGACAAGGCCCCUGGUCAGAGAGAAUGCGAUUACUCCAUUGAUGGAAUCAACAGGUGUAUCAGAGACAUUGAGCAGGCUUCUCUUGCAGCAGUCAGUCAGAACUUGGCUACAAGGGAUGACAUCUCUGUUGAAGCUUUACAGGAGCAGUUGACAUCAGUUGUUCAGGAAAUCGGACACCUUAUUGAUCCCAUAGCUACUGCAGCUCGAGGAGAGGCAGCUCAGCUGGGACACAAGGUUACACAGUUGGCAAGCUACUUUGAACCUCUGGUUUUAGCUGCAGUUGGCGUGGCAUCCAAGAUGUUAGAUCAUCAACAACAAAUGACUGUGCUGGACCAGACCAAGACACUAGCAGAAUCUGCCCUUCAGAUGCUGUACGCAGCCAAAGAGGGAGGAGGAAAUCCCAAGGCAUCACACACUCAUGAUGCUAUCACAGAGGCUGCCCAACUGAUGAAGGAGGCUGUGGAUGAUAUAAUGGUUACCUUGAAUGAAGCUGCCAGUGAAGUGGGCUUGGUUGGAGGAAUGGUAGAUUCAAUAGCUGAGGCAAUGAACAAGUUGGAUGAGGGUACUCCUCCAGAUCCAAAGGGAACUUUUGUUGAUUACCAAACAACUGUGGUGAAGUAUUCUAAAGCAAUUGCUGUAACAGCCCAAGAAAUGAUGACUAAGUCGGUUACUAACCCGGAGGAAUUGGGCGGACUUGCAUCACAAAUGACCAAUGACUAUGGGCAUUUGGCUCUCCAGGGCCGAAUGGCAGCAGCCACAGCUGAACCAGAGGAGAUAGGAUUCCAGAUCAGGACCCGGGUGCAGGAACUUGGUCAUGGAUGUAUCUUUCUGGUUCAGAAAGCUGGAGCUCUCCAGAUUUGCCCUACAGACAGCUACACCAAACGGGAGUUGAUAGAAUGUGCUCGUGCUGUCACUGAAAAAGUUUCUUUGGUUUUGUCUGCCCUGCAAGCAGGAAACAAGGGCACUCAGGCUUGUAUUACUGCAGCUAGCGCUGUUUCUGGGAUAAUUGCAGAUCUGGACACAACUAUCAUGUUUGCCACAGCUGGAACCCUUAAUGCUGAGAACAAUGAAUCAUUUGCAGACCACAGGGAAAAUAUACUGAAAACCGCAAAAGCUUUGGUUGAAGAUACAAAACUGCUGGUAUCUGGUGCUGCCUCAAGUCAAGACAAACUGGCCCAAGCAGCUCAGUCAUCAGCUAACACCAUUACCCAGCUAGCAGAGGUGGUAAAACUGGGAGCAGCUAGCUUGGGAUCAGAUGACCCUGAAACACAGGUUGUAUUGAUCAAUGCUAUUAAGGAUGUUGCUAAGGCCCUUUCUGACCUCAUUGGUGCUACCAAAGGAGCUGCUAGCAAACCAGCAGAUGAUCCAUCCAUGUACCAGCUGAAGGGAGCUGCAAAGGUGAUGGUAACAAAUGUCACAUCACUUUUGAAAACUGUUAAAGCAGUAGAAGAUGAAGCUACUCGAGGCACAAGAGCUCUUGAAGCCACAAUCGAGUACAUCAAACAGGAACUCACGGUGUUUCAGUCAAAGGAGGUUCCAGAAAAGACAUCAUCACCUGAAGAAUCAAUUCGGAUGACGAAAGGAAUCACCAUGGCAACUGCCAAAGCUGUUGCAGCUGGGAACUCAUGCAGACAGGAGGAUGUGAUAGCUACAGCGAAUCUGAGCCGCAAAGCAGUAGCUGACAUGCUAACAGCUUGUAAGCAAGCUUCAUAUCACCAAGAUGUGAGUGAAGAUGUUCGAGAGAGAGCGCUGCGAUUUGGAAUAGAAUGUACCUUGGGAUACUUGGAACUCCUAGAGCACGUCCUCCUGAUUCUUCAGAAACCAACCCCAGAGCUGAAGCAUCAGUUGGCUGCCUUCUCAAAACGGGUUGCUGGUGCUGUUACAGAGCUUAUCCAAUCAGCAGAAGCAAUGAAAGGCACAGAGUGGGUGGAUCCAGAGGACCCGACUGUCAUUGCUGAGACAGAGCUGCUGGGGGCUGCAGCAUCAAUUGAAGCUGCAGCAAAGAAGUUAGAGCAGCUGAAACCAAGGGCCAAGCCAAAGCAAGCAGAUGAAACUCUGGAUUUUGAAGAACAGAUCCUGGAAGCAGCUAAAUCCAUUGCAGCUGCUACCAGUGCCCUCGUCAAGUCAGCCUCAGCAGCCCAGAGGGAGCUGGUGGCACAGGGAAAGGUUGGAGCAAUCCCUGCAAAUGCAGCUGAUGAUGGACAGUGGUCUCAGGGACUUAUUUCUGCUGCUCGGAUGGUGGCAGCUGCAACCAGUAAUCUGUGUGAAGCAGCUAAUGCUUCAGUACAAGGUCAUGCUAGUGAGGAGAAACUCAUCUCAUCUGCCAAACAAGUGGCAGCCUCUACAGCUCAGUUGCUUGUGGCUUGUAAGGUGAAGGCUGAUCAAGACUCUGAGGCCAUGAGGAGGUUACAGGCUGCAGGAAAUGCUGUCAAACGAGCAUCUGACAAUCUUGUUAGGGCAGCCCAAAAAGCAGCAUUUGGGAAGGCAGAUGACGAUGAUGUGGUAGUCAAAACCAAAUUUGUGGGUGGUAUUGCUCAGAUCAUUGCAGCCCAGGAAGAAAUGCUGAAGAAGGAAAGAGAACUAGAAGAGGCAAGGAAAAAACUGGCUCAGAUCCGCCAGCAGCAGUACAAGUUUCUACCCACAGAACUGAGAGAAGAUGAGGGAUAACCUGCUGAGACAUUUAAAAAAAAAAUAAGCUAAAGGGGACAGUACAGAGAACUGAUCUGACAAUAUUCUGAUAGGCCAAGCACUUACCUAAACAAACUGCCUGUGAUAGCUUUGGGUGAGCAGAGGACAAUAAACAUUUGUCCUUUCUCACCUGUUCAGCUAAGGUGCGUAAUCAUAGAUGGUACAGUGUUAAGCUCAUCAUUCCUGUUCCUUCCUUCCCUGACUUGUAUAUCUCAGGAGAGAAUGCCUCACUUUUACAAUGAUUAUAAAAUCAGUAUUAUGUCAUUAUCUGAAGCUAAAUCUAUUUAUUGUCCUUUGACGUGCUGUAAGACAUUCAUAAUAUUAAUAGGAAACCAGUAUGAAAAAUCAUUAAUGUCAGAAAUAUCUACCAGUAUGGAAAUAGUAGGGUUUUUUCUCCUUCCAACAAAAAAACCGUGGUUGAGGUAGAUAUAUUUUUGAGAGGAAAAAGGCACAAGCAUGGAUUCUAAGGAGUUUUGUCCUUUUAACAGUGUUAUAUAGCUGGUUCAUCCCCAGAUUGGAGGAAUCAUCUUUGUACUGUUUGCACUAGUUUCCUUAGUUCCUAUCUAAUAUCAACCUAGCUUCUGCUUGUACAGUGUUUUAGUCACAGUUCUCUGGCCUGCAAAAUGUGGCAACAUCCAUUCUUUUCUGAGUUCAAAUAGACAAAGAAAUGGAAACCUUGUUACAGCCUCAAUAAUAGCAGGUUUGUGAAGGAAAAUGCUUUUCAAUUAUAUACCUCUCAAUGUGCGACUACUCUGAGAAUAAGAAACAUACACAUGCUUGGACUGAAUAGCCUUUUUGGUUAAACUUACCUGGCUCAAACUGUUUCUGCUAGAAUGUAUGCUAGCUGAAGAAAAGUUCUCAGCACAGCAGAAGACUAUCAGAAUUCUUCCUCCUUUAAGGAUUUUGUUUCUUAUAUUUUGUUUUCAAAUCAAGGGUUUUUGUAGAAAACAGUAACUAGUGAUUCACAAAAGGCUCUUUUCUGUAAUGUGAAAGAACCUCUGAAGAAUUGGGAGUGCAUAUAAUCUCAGUUUGCAUUGAUUCAAAUGCCUUUCUCUAAGGAUCUGCACUGCAGAGAAGGAAUAGCAGUUACUCUGUUUCGUUUUGAACUGCAAUAGGUACUGUAUGUUUUAAGUUUCUGUAAUGUGGUAUAAAUCCACAGUAUAGACUACAACAAUAGCGUGACAUCUUUCACAGGAUGGGUAGGGGCAAUAACGUAUUUUAUCCUCUCUGAUUAAAAACACACUAAGCAGAAACUGGAUCUAGCAAAACUUACUUAUUUGAACAGCUGCACAAACACCCUCUCUUUUAAUCAUGGAUCCCCCACACUUCCACCCUAGCACAAGCCCCUGAGAAAAUAAUGCCAAGUCCAUUUGGGUCAAAGAAUGUUGCCCCUCCAGUCCUUCUGAAAGCCAUGCUGUCAUUUUAGAUUUCUCCCAACUACUUCAAACUGAGCCAGUUAUGUUAGAUACAUACCCACCUAAUUGUCAUUAUUGAAGAAGUACUUGUCAUGUAGACUUAAACGUAACCCUGUAGUGUUAGGAUUAUCUUUUUAAAUAUUGCUAACUUUUGCUUUAAGUUACUUGCAUGUAAUAUACAUAUUGGGAAUUCUGUCACACUAGCAUAAGUAUAUAGUAAAAAUGAAUAGAAAAUGAAUAAAUAUUAAAAUGUACAAA